AUGUUUCUGAAGAGCUUGUACCAGUUAGAGAGAUGGAACGUGGAAUGUGCCUGUGACGCCCUGUUUGUUUGCGUUCACGCUACUAUGCUUAACAACGCAUUCGUACUGAGAUCUGAUACCUCAAUCGGUCUAGAAACCUCAAUUGGUCUAGAGACAUCAAUUGGUCUAGAGACCUCAAUUGGUCUAGAGACAUCAAUUGGUCUAGAGACCUCAACUGCUCUGGAGAGCGGGAGUGAGGAUUUUGACUUGUACAAACUUCCGCAGCGAUGGAGUGGCAAUAAGAAAUUGUACUCACUGAAGUACAGGAGUCUGCAGAAUGAACAUAAUGUCGACAUCAAGCUGGUAUCCGUGUCACCAAACGCAGCCGUUAUUUAUAUGACGUCACCUGACGACCCACUUUUAUAUGAGGUCAUUAAGCUCGACCCCAAGAAGCACAUCUGCACCAAGAUCAGAUCAUUCAACAAGACUUUUUAUGACCCUGAAAAAACACUGAAUGACCUUCAGCGGUCAUUGUUUAAAAACAGCCAACCCGCCAUAGAAGUGCAAACAAAUGAGAAACCAAAGAAAAAAAAAUCAAAGUCGAAACCGAAAGCACGCUCGGCUGUGAGAACAUGGGAAAUUUUGAAAAAAUUUUCUUUCGACGCAAGACCUUCUUCACAGCACAGCUCACCAAAACCACCAAGAACAUCCCCAUUUAAACUGCCAUUACCAAAUCCCCCACCUCAGGUCUAUAAGCCGCCAAGACCAAAACGACCCUCAGUUCAUCGAAUCAACCCUAAACCAAAUUUAAAACCGCAUCGAAAGGAAAAGCAAGUACAGACUCCUACCUCCGCGGAACAGUACAAACCAAACCAGCAACACAAGCAACAACAGACCGACGACAGAAACAACAACACCCAACACAAUCUCAAUGUCUACCCAUUAAAAACAACAGCAUCAACGUCAGCAAAAACCUCAACAUGGACAAUGACGAAACAAUGCUGUGAUAGGCAGCUACAAACCGAUCCUAUUGAAAUUACAAAUUCCAACAGAAGAGCAAGUUUGGGAGCAAAUAUGAAAAACAAUGUUCAUCAUUCCCAACAACUUUCAUCAUCCUUCUCUGAACAAUCCAUUAAAAAAUGCAACAGCUCCACGAACAAUUCCUACUGUUCAGUACGGAAUGCAAGGUCUCCCCCUGUCCCGGUCGUCAUGAACCCACAAACAAAAAUGUUCUUCGACAGUCGACGCAGCGUAAGCCCCAACGUAAGCAUGGAGAUAUUAAAGCAGAAACAUGCAGCUGUCAAGAACUCACUGAUGAUGGAUGCAGAUCUGACGGACAUCCUGCGGAAAGAAAAGGCAGUCCAUUUUAAUGAAAUAGAAGGAGGUAAUUUUUUACUGAAUGGAAACAUAACGAACGAACUGCCAAAGAAUUUCUUAAACUUUCCUAAUCCCAUUCUCGCGAAAUUUUUAGACGAGUACACCAAGUCGAGGAGAUUGGACGACGACUUUUCAUUAGGUGUGCACAAUGCUUUCAACAGCAGGUACACAAACAAUUAUAAACUCACAUCCGAAUUCGACCACGUCAUAAGUCAAUGCAGAAACUUCCGCAGAUGUCUGGACCAGAAUGUGUUGGGCAAUUCUGACCAACCAUUCUGUCCAUGUUCAUCUAGAUUUGAAAAUUUCCACCAUCGCAACGCGAGGUCACCGGGCUUCUGCAGAAACAAUCAAGGCUUUUACGCUCCAAGUCUCAACAAUUUUCAAAGACAUAACAGUAAAUUUUUAGACGAUUUAGGACCGCUAUCUGCAAGAAAUGAUUAUUUAUAUUCAAAUCGUUGUUGUGGUUUCAGUGACAACUGUAUAAACAGCUCCCCGAGGCAAAAUAAAAUGUGUGAACUGUCUAACUUUAUGAAAUGCAGACCGCGACAUCUCCUUCGCAUUAAUCCGGACCGUUUCAGUUUCCACAACAUUCCCAUGAAUGACUAUUGUAGUAAGGGUAGAUAUUUUUUCAACAACGCUAACAACAACAAAACAAAUAUUAAUUGUAAAAAUAAUAAUAACAACCAAGAAGAAAGCAAUUACAACUAUAAUAACAAUAAUGGUGCUCUACAAAUUAAAAAAUUUUUGGUGCGUCAUGUAAAAAAGCUGUUCUCUAAAUUUGAAAAGAACUUUUGUGUAAAGAUAAAGGCGAUGAAAAACAUUGGCAGGGUGGAUAAAAUUUGUGGAAGUGAUCAUGCUUUUGUAAAUGUUACACCAAAAGUAGAUGUUCCGCCAAAAAAAUAUUUGAAAAAAUCUAAGAGAAGAGAGUUGAAAAAACGCAAAAAAGUACAUCAUUUACAAUUACCACGUAAUAAAUAUUGGUCGUCGGACUCUUUGGAAUGUUUUACAAAUCAGCCGGUAACUGCCAGCAAUACAUCUGUUAAAAAAAGCUUAUUCCCAAAAAGGAAUAAGUCGGUAAGCUUUCAAACUUCCAAACUUCAAACGCCGUCCAAACUCUCAAAGACGGAUGUUCGUGUGAUUAACACGUUAGAGCAGGCCGACGUUUUGGAACAUCUUCCAGUUACGGACUGUAAAAAAGUUAUAUUACUUACAGACAGCCAAUUAGUUAUCCCCGGGCGUGAAAUCUGUCCGCCCAAAAUUGAAAAAAAAGAACAGGAAACAUUUCAUUCUCAUGUAGACACUCAAAAAAAUAUUGAGGUUGUUAAAAAAUUUGAAUCAAAAAAAAAUUUGACCAUGAAUUUAGAAAAAAUCAAGUCCAAAAAAUUUGAGGAGAGUAAGUUUAUGAGGAUGGUGUCGAUCGCAAGACGAAGCGAAACAUCAGUCAGUAAAAAAUGUCAAUACAACGGAACGCCCAAACAUUCGCCUCCAAAGUUGGCUAAAAGAAUUUUUCACAAAAAACGUUUGAAUGUCAGUAAACCUAAGAACAAUUUGCAGCAGCAGCAGCAACAACAACAACAAUUAAUACCAGAACAAAAUGCAAACACCAGCAAGUGCCAGGAUUUUAAAAACGACAAGAUACGUUGUAAUGACUCUAUUGGAGAAAGUGUCAACAGUGAAGGCGAUUCCACGAUCUAUAGGCUAAAGUGGUUUGUCUACGAAAAUGACAACCACGCCAACCAGAAAAUAAUUUUGAAUCGUCGUAAGAUGAAGAAGAUUGUUAAAAUGCAGAAAGCACAGAGAAGUGAUUGA